ACUGCGGACGCAGUACAGGAGACGACCAGAGACUGCGGACACGGUACAAGAGACGACCAGAGACUGCGGACACAGUACAGGAGACGACCAGAGACUGCGGACACAGUACAGGAGAUGUCAGGAAUGGACUUGCCAGUAAUGGAGAUGACCAGAGACUGCGGACAUAGUACAGGAGAUGACAGAGACUGCGGAUGUUACAGGAGAUGACAGAGACUGCGGACUUAUUAUAGGCGAUGAUCAGAGACCAUGGCCACACAAUAAGUUCCGAAGGGCCACAUGCGGCCCCUGUGCCAUAGGUUGGGUACCAGCAGUGUAAGGACUGACAGAAGACGACUGGAUAUU